GCUGUUGUGCGGUUGUUGGGCUUUGCCGCAUCUUCCACAAGAAGACGGGAGAAGAAAAUGACCGGCCGUUGGAGAGGUCCAAAGACUCUGAGCAGGAAGGACGCGGCUCUAUCCCGCCGGUAUUUUCAACUCUGAACCACGGACCAAUCAGGUGACGCCACGCAUCUCGUCAGAUUGGUCAACUCUCUCGACUCCCCUGUGUGGACUCCCGAGUCCCCCGGAUCGACGCCGUCAACAGCAAUGGCGCCGUCGUCGCACCGCGGCGGCCAGCCCCUCGACCUCGACGCCGCGCCCGUGCUCGACGACGACGGCCGCGUCGCCCGCACGGGGAACCUGUGGACGUGCGUGGCGCACAUCAUCACCGGCGUCAUCGGGGCCGGCGUGCUGGCGCUCUCCUGGAGCGUCGCGCAGCUCGGCUGGGUGGCCGGCCCCGUCGCCAUGGUCUGCUUCGCCGCCGUCACCUACGUCUCCGCCGUCCUGCUCUCCCACUGCUACCGGUCCCCCGCCCCCGCCGCCCCCGGUGGCUCGGACUUGCCGUCGUCCGAGGGGGACAAGACGCGGCGGAACUACACCUACAUGGGCGCCGUCCGGGCGCUCCUCGGCAGGAAGCACGCCUACGUCUGCGGCUCCCUCCAGUACCUCUACCUCUACGGGAUCGGCGUCGCCUACACCAUCACCACCGCCACCUGCCUCGGCGCGAUCAAGAAGGCCAACUGCUACCACGACCACGGGCGCGGCGCCGCCCGCUGCACCUCGGACGACCGCGAGCAGCACCUCUUCAUGCUGCUCUUCGGCGUCGCGCAGCUGGUGCUCUCCUUCAUCCCCAACUUCCACAGCAUGGCGUGGCUCUCCGUCGUCGCGGCCGUCAUGUCCUUCACCUACUCCACCAUUGGCCUCGGCCUCGGCCUCUCCAAGACCAUAGGCGACGGCGUGGUCCGAGGGAGCGUCGCCGGCGUGCCGAUGCACACCCCGAUGCAGAAGGUGUGGCGGGUGUCCCAGGCCAUCGGCGACAUCGCGUUCGCGUACCCGUACUCCAUCGUGCUGCUGGAGAUACAGGACACGCUGCGGUCGUCGCCGCCGGAGGGGGAGACGCUGAGGAAGGGGAACGUGAUCGCGAUGCUCGCCACCACCUUCUUCUACCUCUGCGUGGGCUGCUUCGGCUACGCGGCCUUCGGCGACGCCGCGCCGGGGAACCUGCUCACCGGCUUCGGCUUCUACGAGCCCUACUGGCUCGUCGACUUCGCCAACGCCUGCAUCGUGCUCCACAUCCUCGGCGGCUACCAGUUCUUCAGCCAGCAGAUCUUCACCGUCUGGGACCGCUGGCUGGCGGCGAGGUGCCCGGACAGCGCCUUCGUGUGCCGGACCUACGCAGUGAGGCUCGUGCCGGGCCUGCCGCGCUACGGGCUGAACCUGCAGCGGGUCUGCUUCCGGACGGCGUACGUGGCCAGCACCACGGCGCUGGCCGUGGUGUUCCCCUACUUCAACGAGGUGCUGGGCCUGCUCGGCGCGCUCAUCUUCUGGCCGCUCAUCAUCUACCUCCCCGUCGAGAUGUACUGCGUGCAGCGCCGUGUCCGGGCAUGGACGCCGACGUGGGUCGCGCUCCAGGCAUUCAGCGUCGCCUGCUUCGCCGUCGGGACCUUCGCAUUCGUCGGCUGCGUCCAGGGCGUCGUCCAAAAGAGGCUCGGCUCCUAGCUCGUAUCGUAGGCCACACCGCCACACACCGACCAUUGUUUGUUGUUGUACAUGUACUUCCAUUGGCUAGCUAGCACUUUAGAAACUGUUCACUUGUAGGAGUACUUACAAAAUUUGUUCGGUUCCUGCUACUAGGUUGUACUUUUGGCUGGGUUUUACUAUGGUAUUGUUGUACUGUA